AUGGAGGACCCCUACAGAGACAAGACGUCUCUGGUCAAAGGUGCUCGAGACAUCGCCAAGGAGGCGAAGCGCCACGCCGCCAAGAAGGUCAACAAAGUGGUGGACCGCGCUUCGAACGAAUACUCCAGCCGCAACUACAGCCGCUUCGAAAACGACGAAGACGAGGGCGCUGACGAAGACCGUUACUGUUAUCAGGACGGUCAGGCUCAGCGGGAGGAUGACGAGGGAUCCAGCGACGCCACCGAGGGCCACGACGACGAGGACGAGAUCUACGAGGGCGAGUAUCAGGGCGUGCCUGCAGGGGGCGGGGCUACAGAUGGGCGUGGCCUGCCUCUGGCAGAUGGGAUGAAGGACAAGCGAGAGCUGGACAAGGAGAGAGAGGCGGAUGAGGAGGAGCUGGCGCAGCAGUACGAGCUCAUCAUCCAGGAGUGCGGACACGGACGCUUCCAGUGGCAGCUGUUCUUGGUGCUCGGCCUGGCGCUCAUGUCUGACGGGGUGGAGGUGUUUGUGGUGGGCUUCGUGCUGCCCAGCGCUGAGACCGACAUGUGUGUGCCCAACUCUGGAGCCGGGUGGCUGGGCAGUGUGGUGUAUCUGGGAAUGAUGGUGGGAGCGUUCUUCUGGGGCGGUCUGUCAGAUAAGGUGGGUCGCCGUCAGUGUCUGCUGGUGUGUAUGUCAGUCAACGGCUUCUUCGCCUUCCUGUCGUCCUUCGUUCAGGGCUACAGCACCUUCCUCUUCUGCAGGAUGCUCUCGGGCUUCGGGAUUGGUGGUGCGGUUCCCAUCGUGUUCUCGUACUUUGCAGAGUUUCUGGCCCGUGAGAAGCGCGGUGAACACCUGAGCUGGCUCUGCAUGUUCUGGAUGGUGGGGGGGAUCUACGCCUCGGCCAUGGCCUGGGCCAUCAUCCCACACUACGGCUGGAGUUUCAGCAUGGGUUCAGCGUAUCAGUUCCACAGCUGGCGUGUGUUUGUGGUCGUCUGCGCUCUGCCCUGCGUCUCUGCGGUUGUGGCGCUCACAUUCAUGCCAGAGAGUCCACGCUUCUACCUGGAGAUAGGAAAGCACGACGAGGCGUGGAUGGUUCUCAAACAGAUUCAUGACACAAACAUGCGUGCGCGCGGCGAGCCAGAGAAAGUCUUUACUGUGAACCGUAUAAAGAUCCCCAGGCAGCUGGACGAGCUGGUGGAGAUGCAGUCGGAGUCGGCUAACCCCGUGGCCAAAGUCUUCUUCAGGAUCAAGAGCGAACUGCGUGGAAUCUGGCUGACGUUCCUGAAGUGCUGGGAUUACCCCGUCAGAGACAACACUAUAAAGUUGGCCGUGGUUUGGUUCUCUCUGUCAUUCGGGUACUACGGUCUGUCUGUCUGGUUCCCUGACGUCAUAAAGCACCUGCAGGCGGACGAGUACGCGUCCCGUGUGAAGAUCCACAACAACGAGACAAUCGAAGAUUUCACCUUUAAUUUCACCUUGGAGAACCAGAUCCAUAAAAACGGAGUGUUUAUUAACGACAGGUUCAUUGGCAUGAAGUUUAAGUCUGUGAGUUUCAUCGACUCCACCUUUCAGAGCUGUUACUUUGAGGACGUCAGCUCCAUCGGUUCUUUCUUCAAGAACUGCACCAUCAUAGAAGCCUUCUUCUAUAAUACAGAUAUUGAUGACUCGAAAUUCAUCAGUUCCUCUUUGAUCAACUCCACGUUUGCGCACAACAAGACCGGCUGUCAGAUGACGUUUGAUGAUGACUACAGCGCGUACUGGGUGUAUUUCAUCAACUUCCUCGGCACACUAGCCGUUUUGCCAGGCAACAUAGUCUCCGCCCUCCUCAUGGAUAAAGUGGGCCGUUUGAGCAUGUUAGGCGGCUCGAUGGUGUUGUCCGGCAUCAGUUGUUUCUUUCUGUGGUUCGGCACUAGUGAGUCCAUGAUGAUAGCAAUGCUCUGCCUUUAUAAUGGACUCAGUAUAUCGGCCUGGAACUCACUGGACGUGGUGACGGCCGAACUGUAUCCCACCAACAGGAGAGGAACUGGCUUUGGCUUUUGUAAUGCCAUGUGUAAGCUGGCCGCAGUCUUGGGGAACCUAAUAUUUGGGUCAUUGGUGGGAAUCACAAAAUCCAUCCCCAUCCUGCUGGCGUCGUCUGUGCUGGUCACCGGAGGCCUGGUGAGUCUGCGGCUCCCCGACACCCGCUCCAACGUCCUGAUGUGACCCCACCACACCUGUGACCUCUGACCCUGAGUCGCCACGGAAACACGCAGGACACGCUCAGGGUGCAGGAGGAGGCGACUACCACAUGUUUGCUUUAUUUAAUCAUUUGAAGUGUGUUAUUUAUUCAUUUUUUAAUGAGGUUUGUUAUCUUUUGACUUGCCCAGUUUAGAUUAAAACUAGAUUUUGAUGCCUUUACUAUAAAUCAAAUGUUAUUACGUUAUGAAAUGUGAAAAACAAAUAUAAUUUUUGGACUGUGAGUUUUUGACCUAAUCUGGGUGGGCAGAAUUAUUAUUUAAAAUUAUUGAUUUAUUUAUUGAGAAAAUUCAGCUAUUUAUUUAGAUUUUUUUACAUUUUAAAUAUUAUCUGUAUAUUUUCAGCUGAACACAAAAAAUAAAAAAUUCAGGUGAUUUUUUUUUUUUUUUAUAUUAUUAUUUUAAAAUUAAAAUUCUUUCAUUUUAUUGAAAAGAUACUUUUAAACUCAAACGAGAGUAAAAAGGCCAUUUAGAGAUGUAGACAUUAGCGAUAACAGCUUUUUUUGUUAGCGUAGCUCCGAUUCUCCGGUGGCUUCCACCGAAACAAGGCGAUAAUGCUUAUCCAGUUUACAUUUUAUGCUUUUUCGAAUGAUUACGCUAGCAGAAGAACACUGACCCGCUUCGACUUCAUUCUUGCCUUUGCGAACUUUGUCAUUGAUGUAGCCGAAACGGACUUCAUUUGGUGUUUGUCUCUCUCGGUUUAAGGGUUAAAGAUAACCCUAUUUCUAGCUGCUACGCGUCCAUGUGCAAACUCUUCCUGGGAAAACUGAAUGGCCUUUGCUUCCUCUCUGUGCCUCCUUCCUCUAAACCCCUGCCGUCAGCUUCUCAUAGGUUGUAGUGAUCCAUCAUGCAGCAGAACUGAGCACGUGUCCGAUUUCUUUAGGAAUGCUCUACUGCUCUAGCAGGUGGAAAUAUGUCAUGUUUCAUCACAUUCCACUGGAAGAUCGUACGUGCAAUUGUGCAAUAUGACAGGACGUGAUACUGUGGAAGCUUGUUUACGAACAAAACAUAAAAAAGUAAUUCAGACUUUUUUAUCUGACAAUUCUGACUGCAAUUGUGAGUUAUAAAAUCAGAACUGCGGGAAAAACGUCUAAAUUGCACGUUUACUUUACAACUUGCAAUUUCAAGAAAUAAAUUCAACAUUGAGAGAAUUUUGAAUUAUUUUCAAAAUUGCACGUUUUUCUCGCAAUUCUGACUUUUUCUUAUAAUUGUUAGUUUAUAUCGCCUAAUUCUGACUUUAUAAGUUGCAGUCGUGAGUUUCUAUCACAGUUAGGAGAGAAAAUAUCACAAUUGCAAGUUUUUCUCGUAAUUCUAACUUUUUCUCAUAAUUGUGAGUUUACAUCACGCAGUUGAGAAAAAAUCUAAAAUUUCAAAGUUUGUAUCUCGCAAUUCAGAUUUUUUUCUCACAAUUCUGCCUUUUUCUGUAACUGUAUUGCAAUUCUCGCAAUACUGAGUUUAUAUCAUGCAAUUCUGACCAUUUCGCAUAAUUGUUAGUUCUCGCAACUCAUACUUUCUUUAUUUCAAUUGCAAUUUUUUUAUCCCACAAUCCUGACUUUGUAACUCACAAUUCUGAGUAUAUAUCGUGCCAUUCUGAAGUCAGAAUUGCGAAAUAAAAAGUCGCAAAUUUACAUUUUUUUAUUCAGUGGUGGAAACAGGCUUCCAGAAGAUGCAGUCGAAUCGUAGAAAAUAAUAAAAGCCAUUCAGUCUGGUCUGAUCAUGAUGAUGUACAGGCCCUGCUGCUGCUGUCUACAUGCACUGAAGUACACUAAACACCAGAAAUAUACUCCACACAAGUACACUAGUCUGAUGCGUCAACACUGAGACAUUUCAGAUGGAGUCUACAUUCACAUAUUUGUGUAUAGAUAUGUUUCUGGCCUAAUUUAAAGAUAUUUUAUUGUGUGUAUGUCGGGAAAGUAAAGAUAAUCUUGUUUUGAUCUUAUCAUGGGCGACAACAUUUGCUGUACACGUCUAAAUGUUGUAUAGUGUUGCCUGUUGAGUUGAAACGUUAUUUUUCAUUGUCAGAUGUGUAUGCAAAUGUCUCCUCAUGUGUAUGUGUAGAUAUCUUAAAUGAACAUUAUUUUCUGUCUAUAGAUGUUUAUUUUAGCUGGUUGUGUGAUUUUGGGGUGUUAUUUGAGCUAACAAGAGGAUUCAGUGUCAUACAGGUACUUUUUUUGAACAAAUUGAGUUCAUGAGAGGAAUAUAUUCAAAGAUAGGAAAUGUUGGUUUGGUGCAUCUCCUCUUUUUUAUUAUUAUUAAUAAUUUCAGAACAAAUUGAAGUGGCCUAUCUGAAAAAUACAAAUGAAGUGUGAUAUCUUGUGGUUCAAUACACCCGUGCAUGUGCAUAUUGAGACUUUGUGUUGCAGUGAUUUUGUCCGUUGUGCUUUCGCGAGUUUAUUUCCUGAAUUGAAAGAUGAAUGUAUAAUUAUUGUGAGUGUGUGAUGUCGUUCUGAAAUGGGUUUUGAUUGGUUGUGGAUCAUCUGGCAUGCCAACAUGUCUGCUGUCAAAUUCAUUUUGUCAAAGUAUCUGUGACCUCACUGGCCAAAUAUCUCUGAUAUAUCGAAUUUUAUUUUGAAAAGAGAAAAAAAGUGCCAUGUACAGUGUGAACCGAAACUAAGGUGGAUUCGGUUUGGAUCCAGAUGUACUGCUAUUAAAGAGUUUCAUGAUAA